AUUUGUUUUACACGACCGGAGAAGCCCCGACUCCAACCGCCUAAAGAAAACGCGGAGCUUGAAGGAAUCACGUGACAGCAGCCGAAUAUUUUUGGGCGUUGUCCAUCUUGGGAAUUGCGAGCGAGAAAGAACGAACGGAGAGCCCCUUUUGGUUCGUCUAUUCUGAGCCGACAGCUCCACCCAUCAACCAAGAGGAGACACAGAAGGAGGUUGCAGGGUUUGUGUCUCCUCUUAGAAGAAAAAAGGGAAGAGGCUAGAGAAUUUAGAGGCAAAUGGGACCAAUGGAUUACGAAAGCAACAGUUGGAUAUGGGAUGGUGUAUGCUACUAUCCACAUUUGUUUGGUGGUUUAAUGCUCACAGCGGCCUUGCUUGGAUUUUCAACGAGUUAUUUCAGUGGCAUUGGUGCACCAUCUUUGCCAUUUUUCUGGUCUGAUUUUGGGAUUUUCCAGAAAAGAAAGAGUGAAAAGAAGCGCAUUCGGGUUUACAUGGAUGGCUGUUUUGAUCUCAUGCAUUUUGGUCAUGCCAAUGCGUUGAGGCAAGCUAAGGCAUUGGGAGAUGAGUUGGUGGUGGGUGUUGUAAGUGAUGAAGAGAUCAUAGCCAAUAAGGGUCCUCCAGUGUUACCAAUGGAAGAAAGGCUGGCUCUUGUAAGUGGUUUGAAGUGGGUGGAUGAAGUUAUUGCCAACGCCCCAUAUGCAAUUACAGAGCAAUUCAUGAACAGGCUCUUUAAUGAGCACAAGAUUGACUAUAUUAUUCAUGGAGAUGAUCCAUGCCUACUUCCAGAUGGGACUGAUGCCUAUGCCUUAGCUAAGAAAGCUGGUCGGUACAAGCAGAUCAAACGUACUGAAGGAGUGUCCAGCACUGAUAUCGUAGGAAGGAUACUCUCUUCCAUGAAUGAUGCUACGGAUUCUAAAAAUCAUAAUGAAACAUCCCCGAAUGGAGAUUCUAACAAGGAAAGUUCAUCCCAUGGUGCCCUUUCUCACUUUCUACCAACAUCACACCGUAUUGUACAGUUUUCAAAUGGAAGGGGGCCUGGACCAAAUGCUCAUAUUGUAUACAUUGAUGGGGCUUUUGAUCUUUUUCAUGCAGGACAUAUUGAGAUUCUCAAGAGUGCUAGGCAGCUGGGAGACUUUUUACUAGUUGGCAUACAUAAUGAUCAGACUGUGAGUAAACUCAGAGGGAAGCAAUUUCCAAUUAUGCAUUUACAUGAACGUAGUCUCGGUGUGCUGGGUUGCCAGUACGUCGAUGAGGUGAUCAUCGGUGCACCUUGGGAAAUUACGAGAGACAUGAUAACUACUUUCAAUAUAUCUUUGGUUGUGCAUGGGACUGUUGCUGAAAACAACCCUUUUGCCAGCGACGGUGAUCCAUAUGCCGUUCCAAAGAGUAUGGGAAUUUUCAAGUCGCUUGAAAGCCCUAAAAACAUUACUACUACUUCAAUAGCCAAAAGGAUAGUGGCCAAUCACGAUGCUUUUAAGAAACGCAAUGCCCAAAAAGUGGAAAGCGAGAAGAAAUAUUAUGCAGAGAAGAAAUACGUAUGUGGCGACUGAAUGUUUUUUGCUUUACAAUUUUUACUUACUACUGUUCGGCAUUAGGAAUGUGGUUGUUGGUAACUCUUGUUUCUGAAGAUCUUCAGUACAAAUUUUCCCCACGAAGAUAGGCUUAGAAUAUGGAAGGAAUUACAUCCCUUUGGAAGAAUGCUUCAGCAGAAUUUGACAUGGCAGUUAACUUCGUAAUUUCAUUGUAGGCUAUAACCUGCAGCUAGAAUAGAUAAGUUGGAUACUCAAAACUGUGAGCAACACAACGAUUUGAUAUAAUGCAUGUAAACAUCCAAAUCGUAUAGGUAUCACCUUGUGCCUUUAUUGGCAAUGAGUUUUUGUUUUCUAAAUUUUACUUUUCCUACUUUUCCAGGUAAUGUAGGUGUUGUUGUAUUGUUUGAAAGCAGUAAAAGUUAUAUUUGUU